GCCACCAGGCCAUUGGAGUUGUCAUUACGUGCAUAACCUAUAAAUGAUCAAUAAAUCUUUUGUUUAUUUUUGCGCAGGAUUUUAAAGACUAAAUAUCUCUUUUAAAAGACUAAACAUCUGUGAACGAUAGAAAUGCAGCGUAACAUACUUCGAGCAGCAAAUUUCCAGGUGCUGCAGAAACGCUUUUUUAAGAAGCAUCAUGUCAGGGUUAGAUUUGCACCUAGUCCUACCGGUAAUCUACAUCUAGGAGGUUUGCGUACUGCAUUAUACAAUUAUUUAUUUGCACGUCGCAAACAGGGUGCCUUCAUCUUGAGAAUUGAGGAUACUGAUCAAACAAGAAUAGUUCCAGAUGCAAUAGAAAAGCUACAAGAUGAUUUGUUAUGGGCAGGGAUUAUAUCCGACGAAGAUCCUAUUAGAGGUGGUCCUGUUGGUCCUUACAAACAGUCAGCAAGACUUGAAUUAUACCAGGAACAAGUACUCAAGCUUUUAGAUAAUGGAUCUGCUUAUUAUUGUUUUUGUACAGAAGAAAGACUAGUCUUGUUAAGGAAAGAAGCAAUGAAAUGUAGGCAAGUGCCCAGAUAUGAUAAUAGAUGUCGGCAUUACAGUAAGGAUGAAGUGAAAGAAAUGCUCAGAAAAAAUCGUUCUCCCUGUAUUAGAUUUAAGUUAUCAUGUACACCGGAAUCGUUUUGUGAUAUGAUAUACGGAGAUGUGACACAUGAUAUUGCCAAAACUGAAGGGGAUCCAGUUAUUAUCAAAGCAGAUGGCUAUCCUACUUAUCAUUUUGCGAAUGUAGUAGAUGAUCAUUUCAUGAAAAUAUCUCAUGUCUUACGAGGCAUUGAGUGGCAAGUGUCUACACCUAAGCACAUUAUGCUUUAUAAAGCAUUUGGUUGGGAACCUCCCAUUUAUGGACACUUACCUUUAAUAUUAAACACAGAUGGGUCUAAGCUAUCAAAGAGACAAGGCGAUAUAGAUAUCGAAUCGUUUAGGAAACAGGGUAUUUUUCCAUUAGCAUUAUUGAAUUAUGUAAUAACUGCUGGUGCUGGUGGUUUUCAUAAAGAACAAGAAGACCAAAACCUUUAUAGUUAUCAGGAGUUGAUCAAACAGUUCGAUGUCAAUAAAAUAAAAACGAGCUCUGGUAAACUUAUGCCUGAAAAACUGCUACAGUUAAAUAAAUUGGAAAUCGCAAAUCUAUUAAGAGACGAGGAGAACCAUAGUUUCUUGGUCGACAGAGUUAGGAAGUUGGUGCUAAAAGCGUUUCCUGAACGGAGAAAUGAUGGAAGUUUGCAGUUAGAUGACUAUCACAUAAUUACCACAUUGAAAUGGGCACAAAACAGGAUAUCCAUGCUCAAUGAUCUUGUCAAGACAGAAUUAGCAUUUUUGUGGGUUGUGCCAACUUCUGCGCCAAGUAUUAAACAAAGUGAAUGCUCAGAUAUGAUUAGGCUGUUGAACGCGGAAUUGGCUGAAAUGGAUGUGAAUAAUUACAAGACCGAUUGGAUUGCUCCAUAUUUGAAAGACUUUGCUGCUAAGAAAGGGAUUCCGUUUGCUGCUUUGAUGAAAAUUUUAAGAAGCAUUUUAAGCGGUGUAAAGGAUGGACCACCUGUUGCCGAGAUGAUGGAAAUCUUGGGAAAAGACAGAACAUUGUUACGAUUACGGCGUUGCGUUUCCUGAGACUAUAUUAUAUUAUAUUACACUGUAUAACGGCAAGUCGACUAUAUUAUCGAAAGCAAGUUCGAAGAAAUAACUUCAACUUGUACACGUACAAUUUAACAGAAAGAAUAUAACAAUUUUGGGAGUUCAGUAAUAUGUUUAAAGUAUCUUUUUCGAAUAACUAUUCCGCAAGUAAAAAUAAAAAUUAUUUUCUAACUGAUUAUAAAUUAAAAAUACUCUCUAAGUGAUAAAAAGAAAGUUCCACAUGAUCAGUAAAAGAAAUUCUAGUCGAAUAUACUUACAGAACGACAGAUAAUAUUGAAUCUUAUAUGUAUAUUUUUUUCUCUAUAUUUUAGAGUAUAUUAGGAAGAGAUAAAUGAAUAAAGCAAACAACAUUAUUUAUACAAAGUUUUAAUAGAAUU